AUGAACGUGUCAUCAGCCAACGUGACGGUGGUUUUACAAUAUCGAGACUCCGUCACUAAAGCUGUGAUCAAGAAUGUGAUCGUUCUGGUUUUUGGGAUCACCAUCAACUUCAUCGAUGCGAGCCUCAUUCACACAUUCUGCAAACACCAGAUCUUCUACAUGAAUCCUCGGUAUAUCCUUUUUAUUCACCUGGUGGUCAAUGACAUGAUCCAAGUGACCGUGUCGGUCUCCCUUUUUCUCAUCAGCUACACCAUCUACAAACUAAAUGUCUCAGUCUGUUGUGCCUUAGUCUUGCUUACUCUUUACGCAACUGAAAACACUCCUCUGAACCUGGCCUGCAUGGCGGUGGAGUGCUACAUCGCCGUCUGCAUGCCCCUUCGCCAUGUGCAAAUCUGCACUAUCCAAAGAACGUUAAUACUGAUAGGCUUAAUCUGGACUGUAACCUCGUUUAAUGUUCUUUCUGACCUCUUCAUCACUUUGGCCACACAGCCUCUGGACUUCUUUCAUUCUCGAGUGUUUUGCCUCAGGAAAACCGUCUUCCCAAGUCCCCUCAUCAUCAAGAAGAGGGACAUCACAUAUUCAGUGUUUCUAGUUAUAGUUUGGGGCACUAUCUUAUACACGUACUUCAGAAUUCUCUUCGCUGCAAAAACAGCGAGCAAAGAUGCUAAAAAAGCCAGAAACACCAUCCUCCUCCACGUUUUCCAGCUGCUGCUCUGUAUGGCUUCAUAUGCGACCCCCCAGUUGAAAGAUGCUCUGCAGCAGUGGUUUCCUAAGAGUUUCACAGACUCCUUGUUCGUUUGCUACAUCAUUGUACAGAUCCUGCCAAGAUCUAUCAGUCCCAUCAUCUAUGGCUUACGAGACAACACUUUCAGAAAGUACUUAAAAAGGAUCUGUUGUGUAAAGUCGGCAUAA